AUGUCGAACCAAGAACAAUCCUCACCUCAAAUCCCUCUCCCGCCACUACCAGCCACUCACGUGGAUUGGAUCUCACAUGUCACCAAUCAUCCAGACACGCCAUUACGUGAGUUGAUCACUCCUUACAAGGAAUACGACUCGAAACUGCGUGAGGUCUUUGCGCAACAGCCAAAUCAUCCAGCAGCCGCAAAACCCAAUAUCGUUCCUGUCUUCGCAGGUCACGAGCAGGAUCUCAAAAUCCGUGCUCGCAACCUCGCCGCUGAGUCGGAAGCAGAACGCCAAUGCUAUCUCAUGCCACUCAAGAAGUGGGAUCGGAAGACCAAUGGUACCCCAGCUGUUGUCCAAUCACUGAAGGAAUUCCAGAAGAACUUUCAGCUGUUCUCGGAAUCCUCCCUUGUUGAUAUGGAUUGGUCCAAUGUGGUUGUUGCAGGCAGCGCAGUCGUGACCUCUUUGUUGCCUGUUCCAGAAGAGCACAACAGGUCCAAGCGCGCUCUUCGCGAGUACUACCAUCAACAACUUGCACCUGCUUCGGAUGUUGAUCUUUUCCUUUAUGGUCUCACGGAAGAACAAGCCGUUGAGAAGAUCAAGCAGAUCGAGCAGCGUAUCAGGGACUCAAUCUUGACUGAGACCACCACUGUUCGCACCAAGAAUGCAAUCACUAUCGCCUCCCAGUACCCAACACGCCAUGUUCAGAUUGUGCUGCGUAUAUACCGGUCCAUCUCCGAGAUUCUCACUUGCUUCGACGUCGAUUGCUCUUGUGCCGCCUACGAUGGCUCUCAGGUCUAUGCCAGCCCUCGUGCAUUGGCUGCAUACAUGACACAGAUCAACACUAUCGACCUGACCCGUCGUUCUCCAUCAUACGAAAAUCGUCUGUCAAAGUACUCCCACCGAGGUUUCGAAAUUUACUGGCCACUGCUUGAUCGCUCACGCAUCGACCCUACGAUAUUUGAGCGAUCAUUUGGUCGCACACUUGGCCUUGCUAGAUUACUCGUGCUAGAAAAUCUACCCAGCAACGCAGAUAGGGAAGCUUACGUGGAUCAGCGACGUGCGGAGCGCGGAAGGCCAGCCAUCAAUCGAUGGGGUGGACGCGGCUUCACAGGUAAUAUGAAGGAAGAGCACGACGACGAGGUCGCAGAGUGGGUCGAAACAGACGAGGUCAGCGACUACCAUACCUUCACUAUCCCAUAUGGUCCCAAGUAUCAUGCACGGAAAAUCGAACGUUUGUUGUACGCCAAGGACUUACUUCUCAAUGCCGAGUGGAACCGUCCGAAGGAGCGCGAGACUACACUACAUCGACACCCUGCAUUCUUUGGGAAUGCUACUGAUGUGAUUGGAGAUUGCUGCGGCUACUGUCCUGAACCCAUUACACCCGAGGACAAGGAUAUCGUGGGGGAAGAGAACAAAGUCUACGUAUCUGGCAGCCUGUUAUUUAUCAAAGACAAUCCAGGUCGACAAGCUAUCGGAUCGUUCAACCCUCUUACUAACGAUGACUGGACUGAAAUGGCCUACGUUGGGAACACGGCACGGUUAUGCCAAGCCAUCGUCGAAGGUGAUCUGGAGCACGUCCAAGACUGGCUCCUUCAAGAAGGCGCUGACCCUAAUCAACGAGACUAUACUGGACGCACACCACUUCAGUUGGCUGUCAUGACUUCAACACCUGGGAUAGUACAGGUCCUCAUCGAUGGAGGCGCUCGCAUCGUCGCACGUCUUGUAGACGGCAAGACGGCUCUCCAUCUUGCUGCUAUGCGUGGCGAAACCGCCAUGGUUAAGGCUCUUCUCAUCAAGAGCGAAGCUAACGAGGAGCUGGAAGCUGAGAAGGACGCACUUAAAAAGGGCGCCCCCAAGCCAACUGGACACGAUAAUCAGAACAUGGCUGAUGUUGAGACGGCGGUUGACAACGGCGCAGAAACGGGCACGAAGUCCCAGGGCAACACGCAAGACCCUGAGAAUGCCGAGCAUGACAGAGACGAUGAUAGUGAAGAAGAGAGCGAUAUCGAUCUGCUCGAUGAAGAUUCCGAGAACAACGACGCGACAACCGAGAAUUCCAUCGUCAAGGUUAAUCGCAGGAAUUCGGUCGAUACUCACGACGCUAUGCUAGACAGCACUGACGACGACGAACCUGAUGUCUACGAUGUCAACGUUUUGGCCUGGGAUGCGCCGGUAUCUGCAUUGCAUCUUGCGAUUGCGAACGGCCACACCGAUGUCGUCAAGAUGCUCGUGCAGGAGUUCGGCGCCGACGUGUUUCUGCCUGUCAAGCUUGUCCAUGACUUCAACAAGUCGGCGCGAGCAGCCAUUCUCCCUAUUGUCCUUUCGUUACAGCUCCCGCAGGAGAAAGCCAAGGAAAUGACAGAGCUUCUCAUCGACCUUGGUGCAUCACCCGCCCAAGCUGACGUCGAGCAUGUCACUGCUCUUCAGUACUUCGCUGCUCAUGGGGUAGAACUGCUAGCCACCAUGAUCUCAGCAAAUCAACCUGCUGCACAGCGAGCUCUCGGUCACAUUUCCAUGCCAAACGGUCAUUUUAAUCGCGAUAAUAUGGACAUCCUGAGCACGGCCAUCCGAAAUGGAGAUGAGACUGCUGUGGAUGUCCUCUUGGAACUUGGCGCGAAACCCGAAAUUGACUUCGGCACUUACAUGACCUCAUUGAAGAGCAAGUGGGACGCUGGAGGCUCUUCCGAAGAAAACGAAAAGAGUUUUCGGCGAAGCUUCACGCAACCUAUAUUCUCCGCUAUCAGUGCUGAAAUGCCAUCGGUCAUCUUGAAACUUUUGGAUGCCGGUGCAAACAUGAACAGUCUCACAGCAACUGCUUGGGAUGCAAUCCACUCGCGCCGUUCAUAUGGCAAUAACGACAUUCAUACUCUGUUAGAUGCUGUACGUCAAAAGGUUGAGGAUAUGCGUGAAUUUUUGAAGACAGGCAAGGUCCCGCACUGGAACGGCGGCUACAUGUUCAGCCAUAACCUCGGCAACCCCUUUCCGCCUAUCGUUUUUAAAGACGACUGCGAAUAUCUUCAAUAUUAUGACCCAGAGUCGUACACUCAUUGGCAACUGACGGUGCAGAUUUCAGACGCCAAAAAGCUACAUGGACCAGCACUGGAAACCUACAACCAGUCGGUUGCGUUGAGCAAGGCGCCCAAGGGCACAGAAGAAAAGAAAGCCGCAAUCCGGUCACUACUCUCCGAGUUUGAAACACUCGAAUCCCAGCUUCUCGAACGGGGCGCAAAGACUUUCAAGGAUCUCCAUCCCGAUAUUACAAUCCAGGCCCGCCCAGACUAUCACUAUGGUGGUUAUGAGCCGGAGCCUCCGAAACCAUGGUAUCCUAUCCUCUCCUUCAAUCUACCUGAUCUGAAUGAUGAGCGACGUGCUGCCUACGUAAAGCUCUUCGAAGCGUGCUGGGAAGCUGACCUGCCGACUGUGAAGGAGCUCACGCUGGCAGUAUGGGGCAACCAUCAAAACCCUCUGAAGAUUGCUGUGCAGGACAGGGCAGGAUUUUCUCCCUUUUCUAUUGCGGUUCUCCGGAAGCAUUUUGACGUUGCGCGAGCUGUUCUAGAGAUAGCGCAUGCUCAAUUUGCUCCCGAAGAAAAGGUCGGGACGGUCAAGCACAGUAUCCAGUUAACCAACGAUGACGAUGAUGCUUCCGAUCGAGAUGAUGCAGAUGUCCAAAUCUAUUCCGAGAUUGUGGAUGAUCGAUUCACCGUGGAAAACAUUGGAGAGGUCCAAAGCCAAGUCAAGAGUAAUGUCACCCCGCUUACGCUCAUGUUAUGGCCAUGCCCGGCGCAUUACAUCUUAGGGGGCGAGGACACAUCACAAGCCCCAUCACAACAAACCCAUGCACUUGUUGACUACCAGCAACAACUCCAACAAUUGUGGGGGUAUUCCAAACAAAACUAUGGCCAUAACUAUCGUAGUAGUGGUCGCUCUCCCAGGCAGGUAUUGAAGCAUGCGGCAAAUGGUCGAAGUUAUCCUGUGCGCUCAAAGCCCGCUCAAGAGCACAUACCGGAAGUAGACAACCCGGUGAACCUCUUCCAAUUUGCCAUAUAUCUGAACGAUUCAGAGCUUCUUCACUUUUUGAUCAACAUGGGAGAGGACGCUUCCCGUCGCAAAAUCGGCACUGAUGACAACGCAGCACCCAGGCUCUUCCGUUUUGAAGAGGCGAAUUUCUUGUACGCAAUCCGCCUUGGCCGUACAGAACUAUUGAAAGGAAUCAUCACUCGAACUGGUUGUGGUAUACCCCUAGAUGACCUAGUCAAGAAGAGCGGGGUUAAGAUGGCGGAGAAGCCACAGCAGUACCAAGGUCUUUCUGUACAUGGCCGAAAGCGAGAGGAUUGGGCAAACGCUGGGAGGGAAGUGCAGAGUCAGCAAGCCGGAGCACAGCACCCGCCCCUGCUUCAUGCCGCGCAGUUUGGAAGCCUUGACAGUGUCGAAUGGUUUUCCAGUGAUGCGGUACUGCGCUGCUACUUGCAGUUCACAGAUGACCACCGAGACGACAUUCGCAUUCAGAAUCUCGCGAAGACGAAAGGUGGUGUAGAGUUUGCCAUUUCCAAGUGGCUCAACCUGCGCGCUCAUUUGCUUUUACACUGUGUCGUGCUAGGUAAGACGAGCGACGAGUCCUUGGACCUGCUUCGAUACCUAGGUAAGACACGCCCCGAGGCGCUCGAACAUCGGUCUGCGAGUGGUAUGACACCUCUGCAUAUUGCCUUCCGUCUACAUCGCGUCGAUAUGAUACCGAUUCUCCUGGAAGCUGGUGCUCAACAGACAUGCCGUAACAACGUUGGAGCCAACAUCGUGCACUCAAUACUGGAUAAUGCUUUCCUCCCACACGACAAGAAGCUCGAUCGUAUUCGCAAACUGUUUGGUCUAAUCGAUCCUCGCCUCAUCGCUAGUCUCUUAACAGAACGAACGACCGAGGCCCCCGGCGCAGCUACACCCCUCGCCCGCUGGAUGCAUAGCUUCCGGCCACAGUACAGCGGCUCUGUAGCAGAAGGCCACGACAAGGUCCUCAAAGUAAUUCUCGACUUCAGCAAAGGCGAGGACCUCGGCAUCAUUAGUGGUGAAGGCGAUACACAAGUACAUGCUGCCGCUCGCUACGGUGCCCACGCUGUUCUACGUGCCAUGCUCGACUGCCGCCCUGACCUUCUCUUCCGCGAAAACGCAACUGGACGAACGCCUUAUGAGAUAGCAGAAGACUCCUACUUGACCAAAGAAGUUUUCAGCAACCCCCCGUCGCUCUCUCCUCCGAAUAGAGAUUGCUACUCCAACAACCGUCGCAGGCUGGUCCGCCGCCACAGGCCGGUAUCCACGGGUGGCGUGCUCCAGAAGAGGGUAGAGGAAUUUGCCGAGGAGCUCAAGGAUGACACACCAGACGUAGAGAAAGUUUUGGGGGUGUGUAAGGAGUUUGCCACUAAGGCAGAGGGAACGAAGAGGAAGCUCGUUAGUCUGGUGGAAGCAAGUGAGGUUGCGAGGAGGCUGGCGGCUAUGCAGGUUGGGGAUGACGAUGAGGACGACACGGACGAGAAGGAUAAUGAUGGUGAUGAAGAGGACGAAGAUGAAGAGGAAGAAGAAGAGGAAACAGACUUGAGAGGUGAUGAGGUAGAGGUCUGGUUUACUAUGGGUGAAAGUGCAGAUUUGUAG